ACGAUGAAAAAAGGAAUGACUUUUAUUACUGUCGACGAUGGCAUCAUACCGCGCCGCUUGGGAACGUCAAAAUCCAUUUGUAAAAACCAAAAUAGUAAGCAAAUUUUUUUGAUCACAGUGAUCGACGCCAGUGGGAAAAUAGGACCAGGCAUACUUCGAGGCCACAUUACAUUCUAUGGUCUUUAUAGCGAAUGUGUUGCAAUUGAUUAUACGAUACCGAAUAGAAAGCGACAUUUUCAAGGCAAUUAUGGAAGAAUAUUCUUCGAUGCGAAGCUGCGCGAUUACAAAAUACCUGAUGCAUGCCCAUCAACUGAUUUUGGUAUUAUCGCUAUUGGUAUUGAUGUUUGUCUUCCAAAGUCUUGUGAAAGCUCCAAAGAUAUGUUGACGAUCGGGCACGACUUAUUUUUAGACAAAAAAUAUCGUAUAUUUUUGUCUUUCUCAUUGUAUAGGAACAUCAGUGACAUAAUUGCAAUUCACAAUGCUAAAAAACCUGAGCAAAUCGGUCCACUUCAUUUCAUGCGAUUUAUAAGCCUUAUCUGGAUUAUUAUUGGUCAUUCACUACUCGUCUUUUCAAAUCCGUUAGAUGCAGUGGAAAUGUUGAAGGAUCUCUCAACUCAGUUCUUAACUAAUGCAUUUUUUUCUGUCGACACUUUCUUCUAUUUUUCUGGCCUUUUAUUGGGGUUCAUUUGGUUUAAGGGCUUCAAACGAAAUCCAUCCAAACACUUGUCGAUUUUUGCUUGGAUCUUGUUUUUUGUUCAUAGAUUUGUACGACUAUCUCCACCUUAUUAUCUAGCAGUUGCAUUUUAUACUUUUGUUCUUAGAACUUUUCUCACUAAAAUGCCAAUAAUGUUGAACGAAUUUCUCGAUCCUUGUGAGACGAACUGGUGGAUUAAUUUCUUAUAUUUAACAAAUUUCAUUGAUUAUAAGCAUCAGUGCUACUUGAUCUCAUGGUACCUUGCUACUGACUUUCAAAUGUAUUUAUUCGCACCUUUUAUAUUGGUACCUCUUGCUUUGCGGCCCAUGUGGGGAUGGAUAAUUUCUAGUACAUUAUUCGUCGCAUCUACUACUAUAAAUGCCAUCACUGUUGUUAAAUUUUAUUUUCCUCCUGCUGACUUUAUAUUAGGAGCUAUGGAUUCACGAAUGGGUGAUUACAGUGAAUACACAUUGUUGAUUUAUGAUGCACCUUGGAUAAGAUGUCAAGUUUAUAUAAUUGGAAUACUGACUGGGUAUUUCUUGCAAACAAGAAAAUCUCUUCCAACGAAAUUGCAGAUCUUAAAUAUAAUUUUGUGGAUAUUAUCUUUGGCCUUAGGUGUGACGGUCAUCUUGUCACUGAAGGAUUGGGUUAAUGGCAUUUUACCAAGUCUCAUAAUAAGAGCUUUGUAUUCUGCGUUUAGCAGACCAUUAUGGGGACUCGCCCUUUCAUACAUAACUAUAUCAUGCUAUUAUGGAUAUGGUGUUAUAAAUGAUUUUAUGUCUUGGAAUAUUUGGAUUCCGUUUGGUCGGCUAUCAUAUUCUGCAUACCUUGUACAUUUCUGUGUCAUGUUUUAUGUGAUAGCGAUGGGCAACGAAGAUUUGUUGCAGUUCGUCUCAUAUGUGUUACCUAAUAUUACACUCACUUUCUUUUUUGCGCUAUUCUGGAGCGCUUUAUUUGAAGUCCCUGCAAGUAAGAUAGAAAUGAUAUUUCUUAACGAAUUUAAUGAGAAGGAUGAAAAUACAACAAUAUCAAACUAUAAUGCAUCAAAUUUUGGUAAGAUUUUAUAA